AUGGAACAUAUAUUUGAUUCUAAUGAAGAGGGCUCCAGCUCAUCUCGAACUGUGGUGCUUCAGGGAUGUGCUGGGACAGGGAAAACAGCUGUGGUGCACAAGUUCAUGUUUGAUUGGGCAGCAGGAGUGGUGACUCCAGGCAGGUUUGACUAUCUCAUCUACAUCAACUGCAGAGAAAUCAGCCCUAUUGCCAACCUUAGUGCUGCUGACCUUAUCACUAACACUUUUCAAGAUAUAAACAGACCAAUCUUGGACAUUUUUCUCAUAUAUCCAGAGAAGAUUCUGUUCAUUCUUGAUGGAUUUCCUGAGCUGCAGGACCCUGUUCGUGACCAAGAAGAGGAUCUUAGUGUUCACCCCCAGGAGAGGAAGCCAGUAGAGACUCUGGUCAUUAAGUUGAUCAUUGAGGACUGCUAUUUUGGUGCAAUGACCAUUCUGGAAAAAGGCAUAAAUCUAACAUUCAAUUGGUUGUCACUCUUUUCUACAUAUACUUCAUCACUGAGGCCUCAGGGAACUUCAGGUCCUUUCAACUGUGCAGUUUACCAGUCUCAGCUACACUUCCUCUGCCAAGCACUGUGUAAUCCAUACUGUAAAAUCAAAGACCUGAGGUUGUACCGGUGCCUUAUCUCUUCUGCUUCUUGUGGGGCUCUCGCAGCUGUUCUUAGCACCAGUAAGUGGCUCACUGAGCUGGAAUUCAGUGAGACAAAACUGGAAGCUUCAGCUUUGAAGUUGUUCUGUGAAGGCUUAAAACAUCCAAAUUGCAAAUUACAGAAGCUCAAGUUAUGUGCUAACCUUCUCCCAGAAGGCUCAGAAACUGUUUGCAAGUAUCUUGCUUCUGUUCUUAUUUGCAACCCACACCUCACUGAACUGGACCUGAGUGAAAAUCCCUUGGGAGACGUAGGGGUGAAGUAUCUUUGUGUGAGUCUUAGACAUUCCAACUGCAAAGUGGAGAAACUAGACUUGAGCACAUGUCACCUCACAGAUGCUAGCUGCGUGGAGCUCUCUUCUUUCUUGCAAGGGAGUCAGACAUUAAAAGAACUGUUCAUGUUUGCCAAUGUCCUGGGGGACACAGGAGUACAGCAUCUCUGCAAAGGUCUGCAGCACACAAAGGGUGUAAUUGAGAAUCUUGGGCUUUCUGAAUGUUCCCUGUCUGUAGCUUGUUGCAAACCCUUUGCCCAAGUCCUGAGCUCCAGUCGGAGCCUGACGAGGCUGCUUCUAAUUAAUAAUAAAAUUGAAGAUAUGGGACUGAAAUUGCUGUGUGAAGGAUUAAAACAGCCUGACUGUCAGUUAAAAGAUCUGGCGUUGUGGACCUGUCACCUGACCGGGGCAUGUUGUCAGGAUUUGUGCAAUGUACCCUACACCAACGAACACCGGAGAGACCUUGACCUCAGUGACAAUGCCUUAGGGCACGAGGGAAUGCAGGUUCUGUGUGAAGGGCUGAAACGCCCCUGUUGUAAACUACAGACUUUGUGGUUAGCGGGAUGUCAUCUCACAGACGCAUGCUGUGGAGCCCUUGCCUCUGUCCUCAACAGAAAUGAGAACCUAACAUUGCUAGACUUAAGUGGAAAUGACCUCAAGGCUUUUGGAGUGCAGGUGCUGUGUGAUGCGCUGAUUCAUCCAAUAUGUAAACUUCAGACAUUCUAUAAAGGAGCUGGAAAGCAGAGAGAAGUAGACCGAGCUUGCGCCUUCUCUUGCCAUGUGACGUACCUGCCCCUCCUGUGCCUUCAACCAUGAGUAAAAGCUUCCUGAGGUCCUGACCAGAAGUACAUGCUGGUGGCAUGCUACCUGUACAGCCCG